AUGGAAUCCCGGUGUCGGGUGUCAGAAGAACAGCCAUCGUCAUCGCCUCACGAAUACCAUGACAGAGUGCCAGAGCAGUUGUUGAGAUCGGUGGGGUUAAGAGAGAAUAGGAUGGCGCUAGUCUUGCUGGGCAAAUGCAAGGUCAGAGGUCCUGCUGGGACAUACGAAUGCACUUGUGUAAAUGGUCGAUACUUCACGGGAAUCCCGUCCUCCACAUGCACGGAAUGCCUCCACCCACUGAAUUUGCAUGAUGAAUAUGUCCCUGUGGCUCGUCAGCUCCCUGGUCAGCCGUAUUCUACAAUCGAUGACCAAUCUCGUUUAGUCCAUGAGAGCACGCCUAUUGGCCGUCUCUCAUCAAUUUCUCCCCGCGAGAAGACCGUCACAAGAUUACAAAAGUUGCUUGAUGAAUACAGAGUGGUCCAUGUAAGAGGUACUCCUUCCUCCGGGAAGACUACGCUUGCAAAGCUACUGGAAGCCCGCUACAAGGAACAAAGACAAGCAGUGGUUUACGUCAAUGCGUGGCACGGGGUCAAUGAUGGAACCGAUCAUCUUGUCCAGCUGUGUCGUCAGAAAGGGUACAUUGUCGACCGCGACAGCCUCGCUACUUCUGAUGUUGUUAUCGUUUUUGAUGAAGCGCAACACUCCUAUGAAGAUCUGGAUUUGUGGGUGGGCCUCAUUAAAACUCAAAGUGGGGCCAAUCAGGGACUUAGGAUGUGCCUUUUCACUAGUUACGGGAGUCCCACAGCGGGACGGGCAGAACACCCACGGGGCACCACCCCGGUUCAUUUCGGAAGAGAGCAAAGAGUGUCUUUGGCCUCCCUAGACUUAGACCACCCGCAUCUCUUUUAUACAGCCGAAGAAUUCAUGGAUGUUGUGGAGCGUUUGUGCAUGGAUCCAACAUGCCCAAUGACUCUUGACGACGCGGCCACGGACUACCUCUUCAAGGUGUCCAACGGGCACCCCGCGGCGGUUCAAGCUCUCAUCAGAUAUGUGCAUCGGGUGUACCGCUCGGCCCCCAGCCACGGGGAAAUCUCAACUGUCACCGUAGACGACAUCAUUCAGGCGUUGAGAAAUGAUGCGGAUGUCUUUAGUAAACUGGAUGCCUACCCUGUUUACAGAUCCUUUCCUUCGCGUGACAAAAUUACACUUGAGGCGGCAAAUGCCCUGCGGGCGACUCUUCUACUUGGAAACGUCCCCAGAGACCUCCAAAACCCAGGUAUACGAUUAUGUUAUGAGCAAGGUUGGUUGCACUCCGAUCCACCUGAUCCCGUCAAACCAGACAAUGUUGUCUGUGUCUUGCCAUCACGUUUACAUGAGAAGUUUGUCGAAUUCUAUUUGGCUACGGAUAGUCCCCGCUCGUUUCCAAUUACCGAGUUUCCGUCACUUCCCGUUUUCUGCCUUGAAAUCUUGAAGAAGUUCUCCAGAUCGCGCCUUAAAGUCAGUGCCCGAGGUAGACUCGGCGCAGGCUCUCAGCGAAGGCCUGUCGAGUCGCAAUAUCAAAAGGAGUUUCAUUGUGGGUUUGAUUCUUUGCUUGGAUCUGGGCAUGGCAUCUCUAGCGAAUGGUCUGGGGGGGGCUCAGGUCACAUUGAUUUCCGAAUUACUGAGCCCAAGUGGGGCAUAGAGCUCCUCCGAGACGGGGACCGCCUUACAGAGCACUGCCAACGAUUCGAGAAUAGUGGUCGGUACUGGAAUUGGGUUCUCAAUGGAUGGAUCCGCGACUGGAUAAUCCUCGACUGCCGUCACACUAUGCCCAAACCCUUCACAGCCGUUCCUGGCGCCAAGCUUUGGCGUGUGGUUUUCACAACCGACUACAAGUCGGCAACAGUGCUGGAUGCUGACAACAAUGUCGUGAUGGAUAAUUUUGUUUUGCUGAACUAA